ACCCAACGGUCAAAUGCCGACUCCAUCGUCUCCAGCUUCCCAUUUAAAAGAACGCAAACUUCCACCUCUUCUCCUGCCAUUUUUUUGGAGAAAUCAUAGAUCCCCCUUCACGAUAUCGAAGAAACAGAGGAAGAGGAAAGGGGGACAGUACCGUUAAGGUUUGCUUGGGGGGUCUUCGCCUUUUGACUGACAGUUCGGGUCUUCUUCAACCAUGGAUGAUCUGAACAAACCUUUGCUUGCUCCUGAAACGUUCAAUCGAGAUGAAAUUGAUUUGGAACGCAUGCCCUUGGAAGAAGUCUUUGAACAACUAAGAACAUCUCGAGGUGGACUUUCAUCAACAGAUGCCGAAGCACGCCUAAUGCUUUUUGGCCCAAACAAACUGGAGGAGAAGCCUGAGAACAAAUUUUUGAAAUUCCUUAGUUUUAUGUGGAACCCCUUGUCAUGGGUUAUGGAAGCUGCAGCAGUGAUGGCAAUUGUACUUGCUAAUGGUGGAGGCCAGGGUCCUGAUUGGCAAGAUUUUGUGGGAAUCAUUUGCCUGCUGAUUCUUAAUUCAACGAUUAGUUUUAUUGAAGAAAACAAUGCUGGAAAUGCUGCAGCUGCACUCAUGGCUCGCCUUGCUCCCAAAACAAAGGUUCUCAGGGAGGGACGGUGGCAAGAACAGGAUGCUUCCAUUCUGGUACCAGGAGAUAUCAUCAGCAUUAAGCUGGGUGAUAUUAUCCCAGCAGAUGCUCGUCUGCUUGAGGGAGAUCCCCUGAAAGUUGACCAGUCAGCUCUCACUGGUGAGUCUCUUCCAGUCACUAAAAAGACAGGUGAUGUAGUAUUCUCUGGUUCAACAUGCAAGCAUGGAGAGAUUGAAGCUAUUGUUAUUGCAACUGGCGUUCACUCUUUCUUCGGGAAAGCAGCACAUUUGGUUGAUUCUACUGAAUCUGUUGGGCAUUUUCAAAAGGUUCUUACUUCCAUUGGCAACUUUUGUAUAUGCUCGAUAGCUGUCGGAAUGGUUCUUGAAAUCAUAGUCAUGUUCCCAAUCCAGGAUCGCUCAUACAGAGAUGGAAUCAACAACCUCCUCGUUCUUUUAAUAGGGGGCAUUCCCAUAGCUAUGCCUACUGUAUUAUCUGUCACUCUUGCAAUUGGUUCUCACCGCCUUUCUCAACAGGGUGCAAUUACUAAGCGAAUGACAGCGAUUGAAGAAAUGGCUGGAAUGGAUGUUCUCUGCAGUGAUAAAACAGGAACACUCACUCUGAAUCACCUCACUGUUGAUAAAAAUCUCAUUGAGGUUUUUAAUAGAGACAUGGACAAAGACAUGAUUGUCUUGCUUGCUGCUAGAGCCUCAAGGCUUGACAACCAAGAUGCAAUUGAUGCAGCCAUUAUUAACAUGCUUGCUGAUCCUAACGAGGCACGUGCAAACAUCACAGAAGUGCAUUUUCUUCCCUUCAAUCCAGUGGAGAAGAGGACGGCAAUUACAUACAUUGAUUCUGAUGGAAACUGGUAUCGGGCUAGCAAAGGAGCUCCAGAGCAGAUUCUAAAUAUCUGCCACAACAAAACUGAAAUUGCUGGAAAAGUGCAUGCGAUUAUUGACAAAUUUGCUGAAAGGGGACUCCGUUCCCUUGGGGUUGCUUAUCAGGUAAUUCCUGAGAAAACAAAAGAGAGCCUAGGAGGUCCAUGGAUUUUCUGUGGCUUACUGCCAUUAUUUGAUCCACCAAGACAUGACAGUGCUGAGACCAUUCGCAGAGCAUUGAACCUUGGUGUCUGUGUGAAGAUGAUUACUGGUGAUCAGCUAGCCAUUGCCAAAGAGACUGGGCGACGUCUUGGAAUGGGGACAAACAUGUAUCCUUCUUCAACAUUGUUGGGUCGCGAUAAGGAUGAACAUGAAGCACUUCCUGUCCAUGAACUUAUUGAAAAGGCAGAUGGCUUUGCUGGAGUUUUCCCUGAGCACAAGUAUGAGAUUGUGAAAAUACUUCAAGAGAGAAAGCACAUUUGUGGAAUGACUGGAGAUGGUGUAAACGAUGCACCUGCUUUAAAAAAAGCAGACAUUGGAAUAGCAGUGUCAGAUGCUACUGAUGCUGCAAGGAGUGCUGCAGAUAUCGUCCUUACUGAGCCUGGCUUGAGUGUCAUUAUUAGUGCUGUCUUGACCAGCCGAUCCAUAUUCCAAAGAAUGAAGAAUUAUACAAUUUAUGCUGUAUCCAUUACCAUACGGAUUGUGCUUGGUUUUGUGCUCCUUGCAUUGAUUUGGGAAUACGACUUCCCUCCGUUUAUGGUUUUGAUAAUAGCCAUUCUUAAUGAUGGGACCAUUAUGACUAUCUCCACGGAUCGUGUGAAGCCAUCUCCAAGACCAGAUAGUUGGAAGCUUAAUGAGAUAUUUGCAACAGGCAUUAUUAUAGGAACAUAUCUUGCAUUAGUUACUGUUCUUUUUUAUUGGGCUAUCAAAAAAACUAGUUUCUUUGAGAGUCACUUCAAAGUGAGAUCUCUCAGCAGCAACAGUGAAGAGAUAUCAUCUGCCAUUUAUCUGCAAGUUAGCAUAAUCAGCCAAGCUCUUAUAUUUGUCACACGCAGUCAGAGUUGGUCAUUUAUGGAGAGGCCUGGUACUCUUUUAAUGUGUGCAUUUGUUGUGGCUCAACUGGUGGCCACCCUGAUUGCAGUAUAUGCACAUAUCAGCUUUGCUUCAAUACGUGGUAUUGGUUGGGGUUGGGCUGGCAUUAUAUGGGUCUAUAGUGUGAUCUUCUACAUUCCGCUUGAUAUAAUCAAAUUCACUGUUAGAUAUGCUCUGAGCGGAGAAGCAUGGAAUCUGAUAUUUGAUAGAAAGACUGCUUUUACUUCCAAGAGGGAUUAUGGAAAGGAAGACAGGGAGGCCAAGUGGGCACUCUCACAGCAAAAUCUACAAGGGCCUCUAUAUUCUGAUUUUGUGACUAAUGGGAGGCAAUCUUCUUUGAUUGCUGAACAGGCCAAGAGACGUGCUGAAAUAGCCAGGUUAGGAGAGAUAUGGACACUAAGAGGCCACUUAGAAUCUGUGGUGAAGCUGAAGAAGUUAGAUAUAAAUGUUAUUCAGACAUCUCAUACGGUCUAGUACCUGUGGAGAAGGGAAUUCUAUCAUCGAAAGGAGAUUUGCAUAGCUGCAGAUAUAAAACUUCAGCAAUUUUGCAUGUCAGCGAACGGCACCAUGCUGUUUCGUAGGACAGGAUGGGUACCUGGUGCUAGUGGUGCAGAUGGUGUAUCUAGGAAUGUUUCAUAGAACUCCUUUUCCAUUUCUAUUCUCUUCUGUUCAAUAGAUAAGAAACCAGAUUGAGGACAGGUGGUUAAAAGUGUUCAGUGCAAAUCAGAUAUUCCAUGUUGAAGUUCAAUUUUCAAUUUUAAUAAUAGAAGACAAGAAAUGCUGAUAGGACAGUCAUUUCUUUUUGUUCCUUAUGUUUAUAUGAGGAUCAUCUAAUGAUAUGAAUUAUUGUUCAUCA